GAGAAGCUGGCCGCCACGACUUGAACAUGAGCGCCAUCAACGAGCAGGAAGCAUCAGACGAUGAAAAUGACAGUAGUUCCUUUUCUGCUGAUGACGAUGGCGAAGACGAAGGCAACAUCACUGAAAUAAUUGAAGAACAUUCCAAUAAUGCUACGGCUGCAGGACUCCCCUCCGCACAAAAUACCCAAGCAACAGGGCUAAGUUCCGAGGGUAUCGGGAUGCGGUUAUUAAAGAGCGUUCUAGGUGUGCAGGGCAGCAAUCUGCUAGUGCCUCGGGUGAACAUCAACGCUGAGUGCAACGCUGCUGCCACCGCCGCUCUUCGUAGCUACAGUCACAAGCACGCAGCCCGGGACAGCGUCACUAAAUCUUACUCCAGCGAAGAUGACAUUAAUCUCGAUUCCGUGACUGCACUUGUCAACAAAUCUUUGCAGUCUGGACCACCGAAACGCAGCUUUUCUCCUGCCCAGUCUCCGAGGAUGAAGAAAAAGAAAUCGCUGAAUGGGCGUGACGCGUGUAGUGAAGACAAUGAGCCACUGUCUGUUGAAGACGAUCCUCUCGAGGGCCCGAGUUGGCUGUACAGUCCUGAAGCGACAAGGAAUCGCUUCAAACCCAGACGAAAAACGAAAGACCGUUCAGAAAAAAUAUCCAUGUCCCAUACGCGGGAAUCUUUGGUCGGUGAGACGGAUGGGUUGCCCCAACGCGGAUGGGUUCAUCCGACAGAAGAUGACGCAACUGCGACGGUCCCUGUUGCUGACGGUGUUAAUUCUCUUGAUCUUUCACAUUUAGAUUCUGUAGAUAGAAAUGCUUCUGCUGUCACUUACGAAAACAUUCCCGACAACUCUGAUCCUGGGAUAAUAUGCCGUCCGCGUAGGGGCAAUCAGUUAACCGUUGCCGCCCGAGAGUCGGACACUGAUAGUCGCUUCAGUAAUUUUGUCCCCGAGAUUGCUGCUAGUGAAGACGCCGCAAUGAGCUUUGUUGAUGCAGACGCUCUACCUAAUGUUCGUAGGAGUGUGGCUCGGCGCGGACGUGGCAGGAAAUCUUCGGUGUCUUUCUCACAUAUGGUUCAAGUACUGGAAGAUGAAACUGAGGGUAAAUACCAUGCAUUUAGGACGCGAUCGCAGUUCAAGGACAAAGUGCCUGAAGAAGAGGGUGCGGUCGACACUUCUCUUGUAUCGAAACGGUCGACGUCAGUAUUGAGGAAUAAAGACCGCUCAACUCGAAUGAAAUCGAAACCCCAUACCUCAGAAGAUCGAGUAUCUGACGACAGUGAUCUUCAAUUAAUUUUGGAUGAAUCUAACAACUCAGAGAAUACUGAAGAUUCUGUGGUAGCAGGGAAUUCUUCAUCAAAGGCUCAAGACAAGAAGCCCGAAGUAGAAGUUAUUGUGGAAGUUCAAAAUUUCUCUGGUAACUAUGAGAGGUCAGAUGAAUGCAACAUGGCGGCUCAUAAUUCAAACGAUGAUACCAUUCAAACCACUAACAAGAUGCUACGGAGAUUUGAAGAACUGGAUAAGAUGUGUCCCAGACGAAACAGACGCAGGACUAAGCCUAAUAGUGGUGUCGAUGCAGAUGAAGAAACGGCUUCAGAGCUUUCUGAUGGCAGUUCAAAUUUGCAGGAAAUUUUCGCUGAGAAAUCUGAUAUUUUGGAUAAAGAGGAAGCUGUGGAGAAUUUAAGUGAGCCGCCUUCGAAAAAGGAGAAGGAAAAUAUUUCUUGCGAAAAUGGGAGUCUUCCAUUUCUUCUUCCGUUUCCAAAAUCUUCCUCCGAUGCCAUUAAUUCUGAUAAUCGUGCUCAAGUCGCUGCUGGUGAAUCUGAUCUUGAACUCGCCCAUUUACCGGAGUUUGUUGCCAAUGAGACAUGCUUGGAUGAAGAACCAAUGGAGCUUACUCUUGCCGUCCCGGCUGGACCCUCAUCCACUAUUAGUUGCGAGCAGCGUUCAAAAUGUAAGAAGACAAAAUCGAAGACGUCGUCACUAGCAGAUGAAGAAUCCGUCGAGACCGAUACAAAUUCUGGACAAGGAAAUGCAGAAACUCAGUUGAAGCCAAAGCGCUGCCCCAGAAGUAAGAAGGGAACUCUGACUACUGGGGAUGCAAGUUUAACUUCGAAAAAGAUUCCUGAUUCUCGCAGUGAAUUUGAUUUAUCGCAGAUGGAAGCAACUGUACUCAAUAUUGCACCAUACUCUUCGACUAGAAAACUCAAGACUUCUGAAUCUGAAAAAUCUCAACUGUCGCGAUUGUCUAUCGAAAAACCUGAUAAACGUGUGUCUAUAGUUCUGGUGGAUGUUUGCAAGGAUGGCGUCCCUAUUCCUCAACUUGUUGAGGCUGAAAGUGAUGAAAAAAAUGUUAGCACCACCGCGAUUUCGAAGCUCACUCGAUCUAAGCGAAGUAAGCGUCUUUGCUAUUCCGAAGAGGAUUUGUCAGAAACCGACAAUGAAGAUGGAAACGACCAAGUCCUUGCGACUGUAGAGUCACAAUCCUCUAAUCGUGGACGUCGGCGAGGGUAUAAAUCUAAACGGAUUGAUGGCGUAGCCGACUCUACUGAGAAAAGCGGCCGAGCGUUGGUAUCUAAUUCAGCUUGUACUAAAAAAUCUCUCCGAAAUUCGCAGAGUUAUGAUGGUAGCUCACAGAAAGAUGCAGUCGCGACCAGGGAAAGUGACGAAGAUUCUGAUUUCGUCAAUACCCCUCCCAAGAGGAACAAGGUUUUGUCUCCUGUUCUUCCGAAGGUAAGUGCCGACGAAGAAGAUACUGAUGUCUCGUCUAAUGCUGAUGUUAACGCCUCAUCCGCGAAAAUAUCUGCAGGCACUUCGUCUGUAGUCAAAAACUCACCUCUCAGCUUGACUCGAAGAAAGAAAGUGUCGAGUGCAGGAAGCUCUGAAAUCAAUGGGACUCGAAGUGACCGUGUCAGUCGAUCGCAAAUAACUGACUCCGAUUCAUCUUUCUGCGUGGACUUGGUAGACAUCAACGAACUUUGUGACGCAAAUGAAGCUGAUCCUGAAUCUCAGGAAGAAGAAAUGUUCAACAUGCUGAAAAGGAAGCGUGCAAAAAAUCGGGACGUUUCUAGUUCAAGUGAUGAAUUUGAGGAAUCUGGCGGUGAAUCCGCUCGUAACGGAACUGAUCAUGCUGGGAAACGGAAACUAGAUGCCUCUACAGCAUUCAGAAAUAAUGCAGGUGGCAAAUUUUCGUUCUCUAAGCUCACUACUUGUAAAGUAAUGAAACUUGUUACGAAUGAAUGUUCAUCGAAGGUUAAUAGUGAAAUCGAACGAAGCGGAGAUCAAGAUGACAAUGGACAGAAAGCUGAGGAAGAUCCGCUGCUCGUAUUAAGUCCUUUAGAAGCGUCAGAAACUGACGAGGAAAAACGUGACGAGGUGUACUCACCGAUUGUAAAUAGUGACGAUGGAAUAGAUAAUGCAAUUUGUGAUGGUGGAGAAGGCAAAACUGAUGACGUUAAUGAAAAUAAUGACUAUAGCGAUGGUGGUGGUAAAAGAAAAGUCAACAUUAGAGCUAAGGGCGAUGGAGUCAAAGCUAAUGUCGGCAGAAAAACUGUCUGUGUAGAUGUGGCCCAGUCCGAAAAAGGUGUUGACGAUGCGAGCGGCAAGCGUGAAUCUGUCGAUGACGAUGACUGUAAAGGAAACGAUGUAGGUGUUGAUGGUGGAGCCGAGAAUGGAGGUGAUAGCAGUGGUGCCGAGAAUGGAGGUGGUGGCAGCGGAGCCGAGAAUGGAGGUGGUGGCAGUGGAGCCGAGAAUGGAGGUGGUGGCAGUGGAGCCGAGAAUGGAGGUGGUGGCAAUGGAUCCGAGAAUGGAGUUGGUGGUGGCAAGCGGACCAGCAACGGAGGAGCUAUUGUUUUUCCUACGGCCAGCCACCCUCGCAGGGCUGCUACGAAAGCUGUCUCUUAUGCAGAACCCAAGCUUAAUAGCAAACUGCGUCAGGGCGACCCGCUUGCCACAAAACUCCCGAGGAACGGCUCCUCUGAAGCCUCGUGCGCUCAAGACGUGCCCAAACAAAAGGGGCCCAAGCGGCCUAAACUUAUACGUCGAUAGCCUAACAAGUCAGGCGAAUUAAACUACUAUUUCUCUAAAUAAUGUUCUUAUUAUUUGCAUUUCCAGAAAUAAUGGACUUGGUUCGAAUCAUUUCUUAGCGGAUAAUUUUGAAACCCUUUGUGGAUUUUUAAAAAUUCUUCGUAGAUUUCUUCAAAAAGCCUCGUCUGAAUUUUGACUUGCCUGUUUUCUCGCUCUUUAGAGCUAUUAUUGUAAAUAUCUGAAAAAUUCGUAACUGGUUGUAUUCUUUGAUAUCAUUCUUUGAUAUCAAACGUAAAUAUCAUUGGGAAAAAUAUUUCGUUGAUAUUUACGCGCAUCACUGUGAAGCGAGCAUUCUCUUGAUGCGAAUUCGCUUAAUGGUUUCUAUUGUCGCAGUAAACGCGAAUAAAAGGAAUGUGUCGUGCGCCUGUCGUUCGUAUUUAAGUAGGUGUGCAUUUAUCCAUGAGGUUCUAAUUAAGUAUACCCUUCGUACUAGUUCAUUUUUGUGUGCAAGCGUUUCUUUACUUGUAUGUUUUAGACGUAGUUUGGAAACCUUAGGAACUUUCGAGGUUUCUUUAAAGACGCCGUCACUAUGGCGUGGUAAAUUUUAAGAAAUCUUCAUUAUCCUGUUUGGAUGUUUCAGUUAUUUGCUAUUGUGAUGGUUUUCCCUCUUAGAUUUGUAUACAAAUCAGAUCAUUACUUUGGAAUGAAGUAAGUUCUGAGGAUCAAAGGGACGUUUAAAUUAUGAAUGAGGAGCAAUUUUUUUAUAGCUAUAUUAUAUCUAUAUUUAUGUUGGCUACAUAAGCUUUAUUUUACCAUCAUUUUUGAGAGUCAAGACUGAAAAACUGUAGUAAUUUGAAGUUUCAUUCAUGAAUACUUUUGUUGAGACUAGAAGUGUCGAAUAAUAGGAACACUGAUAUCCCGUAUUAACUUUACGAUGUAGUUACCUUAGCAUAAUGGCAGCACAGCGGGCGAUCAGCCUUGUUUGAAAUACGCUAUAUUACUGCUUUAAAUUUUCUAGUUAUUACUGGGCAGACUAAUGAUAUCAUGACUAAGUUAUGAUGUUUCAUGUUCGUUUAUUUUUAACUUGUCCCCUUUUGAUGGUCAACUUUUAUAUUCUCACACCAUUUCUCUCACCCAUAAUAGCUCCAUUUUGUGAUCCAUCCGUUUAUUUUUCAAUUCAUUGUAUAAAUGAAUCUCAUACAUAUUUGUUUCAUUAUUAUUUCAGCUGAGGACUGUUUAACAACCCAAGUACGAUGGUACCGCCCCCUGGCUCAGUUCUUGUUGAUUUUGAACAUGAUAGUUCAAUAAGGUGAUCUUUGUCGCUUUUUAAAUAAACUGUUAGCCCGCA